UUUGUCUUUCCAGAAACUUGAGACCAGACUCCACAAGAGAGUGGGGGAGAGAGAGAGAGAGAGAACGGGGGAGUAGCUAAGUCUUUGUAGUUUUGCAGCCAUUUGUUCUAAUCAACUUCAUUUCAGCGUGUCUGCGGUACAAGAACUGCAAAUGGUUAUCCACUAAUCAUUCCUGAAGCGAAGGGUUAUAUUUUCUUGCUUGAAUCUGCAAAUUUUGUUUAAUAGCAAAAUACUUGAUUUGUGAGCUCUUACUCUCACAAAACUUAUCAUUUAUUCAACAAAUGUGGUAAAGUUUGUUGAUUGGUCAUUGAGCUGUUAUGCGUGCAAUUUUUCUGGUCAAAGUGAUUCUCUAAAGAUGACCAAACGAUUCCCAGCGUCUUUCUCCAGAAGAUUUUGAGUUGAAAUUCGUUUUGUUAUCUUACUAUUUUCAUUUCGAGCUUGGAGCUUUAUCUGAUAUAUUGUUCAGGUUAGAGAUUUGAAUACAUGGUUUGUCAAAAGAUGGAAACUUUUGAGAUGGGUUUUUGGAAUUAGGACAGUUUUUCUCCAUCUUCGUCUGAAUCACAGUACUUGAAGAUGUGGGUUCAGUAGCUUUUUCUAGGCUUCAAUGGAGAAAACAAGAUGCACUUCCCAAAUUUACAACAUGCCCACAACCACUCUACUUUUCCUCCUCUUUCUUUGUUUUCAAACAGUGGAAUGCCAAGAACCCAAGCCACAGCCGCCGUCACAGUCGUAUUCUAAUCCGCCCCGGUUCGACAAUGGACCCAAAAGGAUCGUUGUCAGUGUAUUCUUGGGAGCGUUAACUGGGUUUUCCGGAGCCAUUGUUUUCGCUUUUAUGGUCCGCUUCUUCAUCCGCUACAUGAACACAACUCCAAUCCUCAAAGGCUCUGUCGUCUUCUCUCCUGAAAUCAACCGCAAGACCCUUCAAUCGGCUCUGUCAAACGAGACCCACCACCUGGGUUCGAGCCCCAAUGGGACAUACUACCUAACCCCCCUCGACAAUGGGUUCACCGUUGCCGUCAAAAGGCUUGAACCCACCGUGGGUUGUUCACCGGAAACGCAGAGCAAGUCGGUCAAGAGGAAGAUACAACAGGAAUUGGAGAAGCUCGCAAACUUAAACCACCCAAAUGUCAUGAUUCUCCGAGCCUAUGUCCGCGAAACAGAGAGGUUCUACCUUGUCUAUGACUAUGUCCCCACUGGUAGCCUUGAGGAUGCAAUGAACAGAGUUAGAGAGAACCAGUUGGAGCUCAGCUGGGAAGUGAGACUUCGGAUUGCGGUUGGGGUAAUCAAGGGGCUUCAGCAUCUUCAUUGUUCUUGUGUUCCACAGAUUCUUCACUACAAUCUGAAGCCUAGAAAUGUGAUUUUAGAUUCUGAGUUUGAGCCAAGGUUGACUGAUUCUGGAUUGGGUUUGCUUAUGCCAAACUUGGAUAGGGCUUCAUCUGGGUAUAGUGCUCCCGAGUGUUUCCAGGAUUGCAGGUAUACAGAUAAGAGUGACAUCUUCAGCUUUGGGAUGAUAUUGGGUGUUUUGCUGACUGGUAGAGACCCCACCGAUCCAUUCUUCGGCGAAGCAGUGAGCGGGGGGAGUUUAGGGCGCUGGCUUCGGCAUUUGCAGCAAGCCGGGGAGGCACGAGAAGCACUGGACAAGAGCAUUCUCGGGGAACAAGUGGAGGAAGACGAAAUGCUGAUGGCAGUGAGGAUUGCUGUUGUGUGCCUCUCGGAUAUGCCCACUGAUAGGCCUUCCAGUGAUCAGCUUGUUCACAUGCUAACCCAACUUCACAGCUUCUGAAGUCAAGUGUAAGUAGAUUAAAAGUUAAACAGUCCUUAAUUCCAGUUGCAUUUGUGAAAUUUGAUCCAUUUUUUUGGGAUUUUGUUGGAAUUGCACACACUUUACACAUAAUAUGAAGACUAGUGAAGUGGCUCACUACCAACUCAAAAGAAAGGCCAACUGAUAAGGUCAAAUGUUGUGGGGCAAUUGCUGCAUUAUUGUGUUCUCACCUUCUAACAACCGUGGGGUUUCAUCGAACACAACUUUAUUGGAAUCACGGAUCAUUUUCCUGCUCCAGUCAGGGAAUCCUCUUUGUUUGAUCUAAAUAAAGUUAUUUGAUCCAUAAUACUUUAAAAGCCUUUUCAUAGUUCAAUACAAGAGAAUGUAUCUUCCUUACUUAUGAUAAGAGCCCACAAUGGCUAGGGGACGGGGGGAGCAAGACUCGAACGCUUGCCCUGUGGACAAGAAGAAGAUGAUCUAACUCAAACUACAUGAGCUUCAAGAUUGUAUGAUAUCUUAAGAAAUUAAUAUUUGCAAUGUAAUGAGUGUUUUAUGCAUUGUUUUGUGGCUCAUGUAUGUUUCAUCCUUUGCAAGUUGGUUGGCAUGGAAUGAGUUU